UGGGGUUCUGUGGGGGUUCGAAGUCGGUUCUGCGGGACGUUUCCGUGCUGUGAGCGUACCUGCGGCUGUGAGGCGGAACAACAAUAGAGAGCCGGGCAGCGAGGUGGCGGUGGAGGUGGAGGCGGAGGCUGGAGAGGGGGGGGGCAGCUUCCUCACAGCGGAAGGAGACGACGGAGCUCCUGCAGGACAAUGUGAAACACCGAGAGUUUAUCCGACGCAGUUAGCGAGCAGCCAGCCGGGAUGGAAGCGGGCACGGUGUAAUGCGAACCGGAGCCGAACAUCGACCUGAAUAUUCUGGGAAAUCCGCUUUUUUUUGAGCCAAGGAAGCGGCCGCAGCAAUGGGAAUACUCCGCUGAGGAGCCGCCGCGGCUGGGCCGAGAAUCGGGAGAAAGAUGGGUGUCGCGCUGCGGACUCUGUUGUUGUGUAGUUUUUGUUUUCUCAUACGAGGUGAGCCUCUAUUACUAUAUGCGAAUAGGCGAGAUCUUCGGCUCGUGGAUGCGGCACAUGAGAAGGCUAACGCCACGGUGGUGGUUGGAGGGUUGGAGGACGCCGCAGCUGUGGACUACGUCUUCUCCAAGGGCCUCAUCUACUGGAGCGAUGUGAGCGAGGAGGCCAUCAAACGCACCUUCUUCAACCAGUCGGGGGCUAGCACAGUGGAGACGGUGGUAUCAGGUCUGGCCUCCCCAGAUGGACUGGCGUGCGAUUGGUUAGGGAGUAAACUUUACUGGACAGACUCAGAAACCAAUCGGAUUGAAGUGGCUGAGCUGGACGGAUCGUUGAGGAAGGUUCUGUUCUGGCAGGAGCUGGACCAGCCGAGAGCCAUCGCCCUGGAUCCAGAACGAGGCUUCAUGUACUGGACGGACUGGGGCGAGAUCCCAAAGAUUGAGCGGGCGGGGAUGGACGGGACAAAUCGCUCCAUGAUCAUCGAUAAGGAGAUCUACUGGCCCAACGGGUUGACGCUGGACUACAGCCAGCAGAAACUGUACUGGGCCGACGCCAAGCACAGCUUCAUCCACCGAUCCAACCUGGACGGCUCCUUCAGGGAGGUGGUGGUUAAAGGGGAGCUGCCUCACCCGUUUGCCCUCACUCUGUUUGAGGACACGCUCUUCUGGACUGACUGGACCACCCACUCCAUCCACUCAUGCAGGAAGCAGACGGGAGGUGGCCAGCGUGUCGUCCACUCCAGCAUCUUCUCUCCCAUGGACAUCCACGUCUUCAGCACCAAGAGACAACCCACUGCAGUGAACACUCCUUGCUCCCUGAACAAUGGAGGAUGCUCCCACCUCUGCCUCCUCUCACCUGUCAGGCCUUUCUAUCGCUGUGCCUGCCCCACCGGGGUCCAGCUGCUGGAGGACGGCAAGACCUGCAGAGAUGGUGCGACGGAGAUGCUGCUUCUGGCCCGGCGAACCGACCUGAGGCGAAUCUCUCUUGACAUGCCGGACUUCACUGACAUCAUCCUGCAGGUGGACAACAUCCGUCACGCCAUUGCAAUUGAUUAUGACCCGGUGGACGGGUACGUCUACUGGACCGAUGACGACGUGAAGGCCAUCCGCCGCUCCCUUCUGGAUGGCAGCGACGCUCAGUUCGUGGUCACAUCUCAGGUGGACCACCCUGACGGCAUCGCCGUCGACUGGAUCGCCCGGAACCUCUACUGGACCGACACUGGGACUGACCGCAUUGAGGUGACCCGGCUCAAUGGUACCAUGCGCAAGAUCCUGAUCUCUGAGGACCUGGAUGAGCCCAGAGCCAUCGUUCUAGACCCCGUGGCUGGGUACAUGUACUGGACCGACUGGGGUGAUGUGCCGAAGAUCGAGCGGGCCGACCUCGAUGGGCUGGAGAGAGUGGUGAUGGUGAACACGUCUUUGGGUUGGCCCAAUGGCCUCGCACUCGACUACGAAGAACGCAAAAUCUACUGGGGAGAUGCCAAGACGGACAAGAUCGAGGUGAUGAACAUGGAUGGGACGGGGCGACGGGUGCUGGUGGAGGACAAGCUUCCUCACAUCUUUGGCUUCACCCUGCUUGGAGACUACAUCUAUUGGACAGAUUGGCAGCGGCGCAGCAUCGAGCGCGUGCACAAACGCACCGCAGUGAGAGAGUUCAUCAUCGACCAGCUACCCGACCUCAUGGGCCUCAAAGCCACGAAUGUACACGAAGCCUUUGGUACGAACCCGUGUGCGGAUGAUAAUGGCGGCUGCAGUCACCUCUGUCUGUACAAGCCUCAGGGCGUGCAGUGUGGCUGUCCCAUCGGCCUGGAGCUUAUUGCCGACAUGAAGACAUGCAUCGUCCCCGAGGCCUUCCUGCUCUUCUCUCGUCACACAGACAUCCGCCGGAUCUCCCUGGAGACCAACAGCAACAAUGUGGCCAUCCCGCUCACUGGUGUCAAGGAGGCUUCAGCACUCGACUUUGACGUCACCGACAAUCGCAUCUACUGGACCGACAUCACUCUGAAGACCAUCAGCCGGGCCUUCAUGAACGGCAGCGCUCUGGAGCACGUGGUGGAGUUUGGUCUGGAUUAUCCGGAGGGGAUGGCGGUGGACUGGCUGGGGAAGAACCUAUACUGGGCUGACACUGGCACGAACCGCAUCGAGGUAGCCAAACUGGACGGGCAGCACCGGCAGGUUCUGGUCUGGAAGGAUCUGGACAGUCCCCGAGCUCUGGCUCUGGAUCCAGCCGAAGGGUACAUGUACUGGACAGAGUGGGGCGGGAAGCCGAAGAUCGACCGAGCGGCCAUGGACGGGACGGGACGGAUCACGCUGGUGGCCGACGUGGGACGAGCCAACGGACUCACCAUCGACUACGCAGAGCGCCGCCUGUACUGGACUGACCUGGACACAACGUUGAUCGAGUCCUCCAACAUGCUGGGUCUCGACCGUGAGGUGAUUGCCGACGACCUCCCUCACCCGUUCGGUCUCACCCAGUAUCAAGACUACAUCUACUGGACGGACUGGAGCCAGCGCAGCAUUGAGCGUGCCAACAAGACCAGCGGGCAGAACCGCACCAUCAUCCAAGGUCACCUGGAUUACGUCAUGGACAUCUUGGUGUUUCACUCGUCCAGACAAGGCGGCUGGAACGCCUGUGCCUCCACCAACGGUCACUGCUCCCACCUCUGCCUUGCUGUCCCUGUCAGCAGCUUUGUCUGCGGCUGCCCCGCCCACUUCUCCCUCAACUAUGACAACAAGACCUGCAGCGCUCCCACAUCCUUCCUGCUCUUCAGCCAGAAGACAGCGAUCAACCGCAUGGUGAUUGACGAGCAGCAGAGCCCUGAUAUCAUCCUGCCCAUCCACAACCUGAGGAACGUUCGCGCCAUCGACUACGACCCGCUGGACAAGCAGCUGUACUGGAUCGACUCCAAGCAAAAUGUCAUCCGCCGUGCUCAGGAGGACGGGAACCAGAGCAUGACAGUGGUGUUGGGCUCUCUGGGCGGACACAGUCAGGGUCUGCAGCUGUACGAUCUCAGCAUCGACAUCUACAGCCGCUUCAUCUACUGGACCAGCGAGGUCACCAACGUCAUCAACGUCACCCGCAUCGAUGGCAGCAGAGUCGGUGUGGUGCUGCGGGGGGAGCACGACAAGCCGCGGGCCAUAGUCGUCAACCCAGAGAGAGGGUACAUGUACUUCACCAAUCUAAUGGAGCGCUCCCCGAAGAUCGAGCGGGCGGCGCUGGACGGUACAGAGCGUGAGGUACUCUUCUUCAGUGGCCUGGGGAAGCCCGUCGCUUUGGCCAUCGAUAACGAGGUGGGGAAGCUGUUUUGGGUCGACUCAGACCUGCGCCGCAUCGAGAGCAGUGACCUCUCGGGAGCCAAUCGCAUCGUGAUUGCGGACUCGAACAUCCUGCAACCCGUGGGCCUGACCGUCUUUGGGAACCACUUGUACUGGAUCGACAAACAGCAGCAGAUGAUCGAACGCAUCGACAAGACGACGAGGGAGGGACGUACCAAGAUCCAGGCCCGCAUCGCCUACCUGAGUGACAUCCACGCAGUCCACGAGCUCGACAUGAGGGAGUACAGUAAACAUCCGUGUACGUGGGAGAACGGCGGCUGCUCCCACAUCUGCAUCGUGAAAGGAGACGGGACAACGCGUUGCUCAUGUCCUGUUCACCUGGUGCUGCUGCCCGACGAGCUUUCAUGUGGAGAGCCGCCCACCUGUUCGCCGGAGCAGUUCUCCUGCACGUCCGGCGAGGUGGACUGCAUCCCGCAGGCCUGGCGCUGCGAUGGUUAUGCCGAGUGCGACGACGGCAGCGAUGAGGAGGACUGUCCGGUCUGCUCUGACUCAGAGUUCCAGUGCGAUAGCCGGCAGUGCAUUGAACUGAGCCUUCGCUGCAAUGGAGAGAUCAACUGCCAGGACAAAUCUGACGAGACCAAGUGUGAAGGUGAGCCGGUUCGGUGUCCCGCUGAUCAGUUCACCUGCUUUAACGGCCAGUGUAUUGGAAAGCACAAGAAGUGCGACCACAACAUGGACUGCAUGGACAACUCAGAUGAGACGGGCUGCUAUCCAACUGAGGAGCCACCGCCGCCUCCUCACAACACCAUCGGCUCCAUCGUGGCCGUGGUCAUGGCAUUGUUUGUGGUGGGCGCCAUCUACUUUGUGUGUCAGAGGGUCCUCUGUCCUCAGAUGAAGGACGACGGCGAGACGGUCACCAACGACUUCGUGGUUCACGGGCCGUCGUCUGUGCCGCUGGGAUACGUGCCGCAUCCGAGCUCACUGUCCAGCUCGCUGCCAGGUAUGUCCAGGGGGAAGUCUGUGAUUGGCUCCCUCAGUAUCAUGGGUGGGAGCAGCGGCCCGCCCUAUGAUCGCGCUCACGUCACCGGAGCUUCAUCCAGCAGCUCAUCCAGCACAAAGGGAACUUACUUCCCACCGAUCCUGAACCCUCCUCCGUCUCCUGCCACGGUCCGCUCCCAGUACACCGUGGAGUUCGGCUACUCCUCCAACAGCCCCUCAACGCACAGAUCCUACAGCUACCGGCCGUAUACCUACCGCCACUUUGCCCCUCCCACCACCCCCUGCAGCACCGACGUGUGCGACAGCGACUACACUCCGGGACGCCGGGCGCCGCUCAAGUCCAGCGCCGCCGCCAAGGGCUACACCAGCGACCUCAACUACGACUCAGAGCCUUUCCCGCCACCGCCGACGCCCCGCAGCCAGUACCUGUCGGCGGAGGAGAACUGUGAGAGCUGCCCGCCGUCGCCUUACACCGAGCGCAGCUACUCCCAUCACCUCUAUCCGCCGCCACCGUCGCCCUGCACGGACUCCUCGUGAGCCAAAUCCCCUGUGAUCCCCCACCCCCUCCUCACAGCUCCGCCCCCUCACUGUAAAUAGCAAUUGUGCAUAUAUGAGGUAAAAAACGGGAAAGAGAGACUGAUGUAACAGGAGGAGCGAGAUGCAGGACGAAAAAGGGAAAAGUGAACCGGGAGCUGCAGAACAUUUGUACAUUGAAAAGAGAAAAGCAUAUUUAUAUAUUUUCUAUACAGUGUUUACUGAUAAUGCCAUAGAGGUUUGUAUUAAGAAAUUUGUAAAUUUUUUAUGAAAAGGUUUUAUUAAAAUCAUCACAAAUAUAAGUUGCCUUAAACCAGGAGAAAAGAGGCUGAAGGACACAAAGCACACAAAUCAAUGGGACGUUUAACUUAUGAUGCCAAAUAUAAAAAACAUCGACAGCUACAGGGACGAGAAGAGCUCUGCCCGGAGGCUCCUCCCACCGCCGCGCUGCUCUGUAGUUACCAUGUAAACUGGAUGAGGAGCGGCUGGAGAGAAUGUGGUACUGGGUCUUUGAUUUGAACUUACCUCUCCUUCUUUUACUGAACGGUUCGUCUGUGUGGGUGUGAGUCAUGUGUUAGAUCGCGAAUCCAGGACACUCGGUCUGAGCAAUAAGGCACAUAUUUACCAAUAAAUCAAACCAGAAGCCACUCUGAGUAUCGAUGACGCUGCAGGGGUUCAAACAACUGUGGUCUGGUCUCUGAGAGCCCCAGAGACGACACGAGCGUGGAUUUUUUUUUUCUGUUGUUUUGUUUGUUUGUUUGUUUGUUUGUUUGUUUUUCUAGGCCCUUUGGCUAUGUUCCUGUUUGUCACAAGGUUUUUUUUUUUUUUUUUUUAAGUGUCAAACACUGCAGAGAGUUUUGGCACCAACUCUGCCGCACUGCAAAGUACUACAUGAGGCCAAAUACAAGCUUCAAUGGGAAAACUACAGUCAUGACAAGGAUUUGACUUGGAUGUCCCUGUGAAUUACUGCAGCUUUAUAUUUGCCCUCUAACGACCUGCAGCGCAAUACCUGCUAUAUUUUGCGCUCCGCAAACUUCGUCUAAGGUUCUGCAUAUUCAUUCAGCAAAUUUCAGCUCCACGGCUCUCACUGCAAACUGCAUGGUGGCGCACCAUCAACCUACAUGCAGUGCAUUGUAAACUACAGGUGUGAGCCCCUGUUACAUGUUAUUUAUAACAAACUCCACUGGCACCUGUCGUGCUCACAGUGACCUCCACGCAGUGCUUGACAAAAAAAAAACUUUUUUUUUUUUCUUCUUAUUUUCAUGUGUGCGCUCGUGUCUCUCCGGAGCCUCUGUAGACGCGACACAAACACGUUGAGGCAGCAUGACUCACAUCCCCAAACCCCUCCGUUGGUGUUCAGACAGGAUUUAAACCAAAACGUACGCUUGUGUUUUAUGUUCUCAUUGAAACGUUCUCAUGCCCGACUGCAACUGAAGCGAGCCAAAGCUGCACAGUGGACGCAGGAGGCGUUCUUCAGUUUCCACUUCUGUUUUGUUUUUUUUUGUUGUUUUUUUUUCCUCACGUGUGGAGGAAGCAGCGUUCCCCUUCAAGAACACGAUGUUGUGCCUGACCAGCUUCAUAUCCUUUUUUUAUGUUGUUACUUUGAGGAAAAACACACAAAUGAAAUCCAGUGCCCACUAAAUGCUAUAUAGUAUUUUUGUACCACAUAUUGUGUAGAUAACGUAUUUAUAAGCUAUAUAGAAAAUCAUUGUAAAUCUAUCCAUUGAAUUCUUGCAGUACUUUUCAUUCCGUCUUUUUUUAUAUUGCCUCAUUAUAUUUUUCUACAGAAAAUCACUCCAAACUUACGGUGACAAUCUCCCAUCAGUCCAGUCGAAGAACAUAUCCAGGUUUUCUUGUCUGUUUAAAGUUGUUCUGAUGUUUGAAGGACUGUUGUGCCAAAUCUUUUUUUUUUUUUUUUUUUUCUGUCAAACAACGUGGAGGCAGAUGUUGGGACCAGAGGAGAAACAUGAGACGCUCGUGUCUGUCAGUCUAUUCGUGUCUUUGCGCUAUGUGUAAACUUCAAUCUUUUUUUCAUGAAUCGUCAGAGAAGUUUUGUUUCCCUUCCUGCUUUUGAGGGAGAUGAAUAACACCAGCAUGAGUUCGAAGACAAUCUGAUGUUUUACACAUUUUUUUUAGUGUUUGUCUUUAGAAUAGAAUAGAAUAGAAUUCAGCUUUAUUGUCAUUGCACAUGUCACAGGUACAGGGCAACGAAAUGCAGUUUUUAAGACAUUUUUCUGGCUUUUUAUUCACCUUAUUGUCGUCAAGAUCCACAUACAGGGUGCAAGUGAAAACGUGACAUUUUAACAUUUUAAUCAGAACUCCAAACCACUGGCAAGCAGAAACUUCAGUUCGUCUUGAUACUUGCUUGAUAAUUGUUUUGUGUUGCUUUUCCCCCCCCAUCCUUUAUUCAUGAAAACAAAAACAAAAAAGUAUUUAAUCUUGGAGUUUGUAUAAAAAAAAAAAAAAAAAGAUAAAGCCAGGACUUUGAGAUUCAGGAGUCUGAAAAUGAGGACAAAUUUUCAGUCACUGACAAAAUUCCGCACGUAUCAUGUAGCGAUAAAGUGAUUUUAUUCUGAUGCGUCCUGUUGAGACUAGCUGAAUUUCAUAUUUCCACUGAAGUGUUCUCAUUUCAUCACUCGAUGUCUUCAUGAUCUGCAGACAGUAGAAAGUAGAAAGAUAUUCUGGGGUCAAACUUCUACGGAGCCAGUGAAGUUCAGAGACAUGUUACAGUUUAAUGACUUCUCAAUAAAUUAAUCUGUGAGAACUGUUUUCUUCCUAAUAAACACCCCUGCAAUAUGUUUUAUGUUUAAGAUAUUUGUACAGAUGCUUAGCUGCUACAGACAAAAACAGCUUUUCUGGGUUUAAGGAACUUGAUAUGAUUACGUUCAUUUAUCAUCUGCAUAUUAGCAUUGACGGGGUGGAUUAUACACUCAUCAGUGCAAUAACAUUACCCAGUACAGUACUUUAAUCUCAGAUUUUUUUCUUCCCCCUCUGGGACUUGUGGCCCCUUUGCCAGUUUGCUGCUCUUUAAAGAUAACAGUUCCUUUUAAGAAACUGUUACACUCCGGUUUUGUCCUAUCCUAGUAUUUUUAGCUGCCCACUGCCCCCAAACAGUCUCGACAUGUGUCCAUAUCUGUGCGAGAGCUUCUUUGUUCUUUGGUUACAAUGAUCUGCUCUGGGAGAGGUUCUCAUUUGCUCUCUGAGCUUUAUCAAACUUUUUUCUGUACAAACCGUUGUAGCUGACUUAAACUGUGUGAAGACGGAUAAAGAAAAGAUGACUGACACGAAUCAAGAACUCAUAGUAUGAACCCUUGAUUUGAUAAUCUGCAACGGUUCGAUCCUCUGUGUUCUCCUCUGAUCGGCAUUUGCUUCCAUGAAGAGUUUUUUGAGCUUAUUAAAGUCUUUGUUGUGUCAAGUCUGUGAUCUGGGAAGUCAAAUGUGAAGAAAAUACUGUUAAGAAUUACUCAAUCUAAAAGCUUGACUGGAAUUGGAGUCAAAACUUUUUCAUAUGAUGGCAGGUUUAAGGAUUUAAAAGGUACAAAAGAAACAUUUGAGGGAAUAAAUGAUGAGUUUACUGAUUGGAUGAGUCAUUUGUCCUGAUAAAUAUUACAUGGAAUUCCACUUGGUAAAUAAAAUAAUUUGGAUAAAUCUUGGUUUAAAGAGAUGUAGCAGCUCUAGUUUGAUUGUUGUAUUUGGGAGGAAUUUACCAAGAAAACGUCCCUUCUGACUACCGUCAGGCUUUGCAGAUCCAGGGACGUUUCUGUGCAGAUUGCGAGGAAUGUGGAUGAAAAUGGUUCCAGGAAGUAGAAAUGUAAAAAGGUGUUUAAAAAAACCCAUUAAAAGCACUUUUGUCAGUUUAUUGGCGGGUCGACAGGAAAACUGUCGGGAUCUGUUUUGAUCUUGUGGUGCUUCAUGGAGACGACCAACAUUUGGUUCGUCAUGUUCGUUUAAUUUCCACUAACUGUACGUUUUUUAUACGAUGACUGCUUUACCUGUAAACCAGAUGGACCUGUACAGCCCAUCCAGCUGCCACCAUAAGCUGUUGUAACUCAUCAAAUGCUGAUUUUUUUUUUUUCUCUUUUUGUUAAAUAUAAAGUGAGUGAACUCUG